CUCUUUCUCUAUCUUCCUAAACACGCUCUUUUCGCAAUUACAGUUUCCAGUUCUAAAAUUCCAAUGGCGAAAUCCGUGAGCCCCGACGCCAUUUCCACUCUGCUUGCAAAUCCAACACCGGAUUCCUCCUCUGAUCUUCCCGAAAUAGUUGUGCAAGUCCUCGAUCUCAAGCAAAGUGGCAACAGAUACAUGUUUAGUGCUAGUGAUGGAAAAUUGAAGCUGAGGGCGAUUUUGCCCUCGAGUCAGUACUCUGAUGUGCUCUCUGGCAAGAUUCAGAACCUCGGCCUUAUUCGAAUCCUUGAUUACACUCUCAAUGAUAUCCCCAACAAAUCUGAAAAGUAUCUUAUUGUUACCAAAUGCGAACCUGUGUCUCCUGCUCUUGAAUCAGAGAUAAAGAGCGAGGUGAAAAAUGAAGGUGGUGGCAUUGUUCUGAAGCCGAAGCAAGACAGUGCGGUCAAGAUUGAAGGUGGGAUUGUGUUGAAGCCGAAGCAGGAAGUGGUGUCAAAAUCUGCUGCUCAGAUUGUGCAUGAACAGCAAAGAAAUGUUGCACCUGCUGCGAGAAUGGCCAUGACACGUAGGGUGCGUCCUCUUGUUUCAUUGAACCCUUAUCAGGGUAAUUGGACUAUUAAGGUUAGUGUUACGAGCAAAGGGAACAUGCGCACCUAUAAGAAUGCUCGAGGAGAAGGUUGUGUCUUUAAUGUGGAGUUGACAGAUGAAGAUGGCACACAGAUUCAAGCAACCAUGUUUAAUGAUGCUGCAAGGAAGUUCUAUGACAAGUUUGUUUUGGGAAAGGUUUACUACAUAUCAAAGGGUACUUUGAAAGUUGCUAACAAGCAGUUCAAAACUGUACAAAAUGACUAUGAAAUGACACUGAAUGAGAAUUCUGAGGUAGAGGAAGCUGCCAAUGAAGCAAGUUUUGUUCCCGAAACAAAAUUCAGCUUUGUACCAAUUGAUCAGUUGGGUCCUUAUGUCAACAAAUCUGAACUUGUUGAUGUUGUUGGAGUUGUUCAGAAUGUAUCUCCAACUAUGAGCAUAAGAAGGAAGAGCAACAAUGAAACUAUUCCAAAGCGUGACAUUACUAUUGCUGAUGAAACGAAGAAGACAGUAGUGGUGUCUCUGUGGAAUGAUCUUGCAACUAACAUAGGUCAAGAGUUGCUGGACAUGGCUGAUAAAUCUCCAGUAGUUGCAAUUAAGUCUCUUCGGGUUGGGGAUUUCCAAGGUGUUUCUUUGUCAGCUAUAAGCAAAAGUGUAAUUAAGAUUGAUCCGGAGAUACCUGAAGCAAAGAAGCUUAGAUGCUGGUAUGACUCUGAAGGCAAAGAUGCUACAAUGGCUUCUGUUGGCUCUGGCUCGAGUCCUUCAUCCAUGAAUGGAAGUAGAUCUGUGUACUCUGAUCGUGUUUCACUUUCUUACAUAACUUCGAACCUGUCAUUGGGAGAAGACAAGCCUGCAUUUUUCAGCCUUAGAGGAUACAUAAGCUUCAUAAAGCCAGACCAAGCAAUGUGGUACCGUGCUUGCAAAACUUGCAACAAGAAAGUCACUGAGAGCAUUGGUGCUGGGUAUUGGUGUGAAGGUUGCCAGAAAAAUGAUGAACAAUGCAGUUUAAGAUACAUUAUGGUUGUAAAAGUUGCUGAUGAAAGUGGGGAGGCUUAUGUCUCAGUCUUCAAUGAAGAAGCUGAGAAGAUUGUUGGGUGCUCUGCUGAUGAACUAGACUUCUUAAAAUCUCAGGAGGGAGAAGAUAACCCUUUUCAACUGAAACUGAAACAAGCUACUUGGGUUCCUCAUCUUUUCCGGGUUAGCGUUUCUCAAAACGAGUAUAACAAUGAGAAGAGGCAAAGGAUCACAGCCAGGACCGUUGUCCCUGUUGACUUUGCUGCUGAGUCAAGACUUCUCUUGGAAGAUAUAUCUAAGAUGAGAGCUUCACAAUAAGAUUGAUAUUUAUAAAUAUUUUGAUUCACAACCCUUAGCUCUUUUGGUUUACGGCUGCUGAUUACUGUUUAAUUAAACACUCAGCUUGUAAAUUAUCAAUCCCUUAGGUUGUUUAGAUUACAUAUUUUGCUGACUUGAAAUAUGCUCCUUUAGAUUUUCUUGACUCUAUGAAAUUCUUCCUAUGUGGGAGUUUAUAUUUAACAGAUGAUGCUGUCAUCU